GUUUUGGACUACAACUCCCACCAUUCCUAGCGCUCUGGCGCCUAUCGCGGGCCGGAAACGAGGCCUGACUCGCUCUUUCCGGCCCCCUCCCUCCCUCCCCGUCCGCCAUGUUGCCCGUCUCGCGAGACUCUCCGGGAAGUGGGCGAAAGGCCGAGGAGGAGGCGGGCCAGGGCGGCGGAGGCAGAGGCAGGCAGGCGGGCCGGCCCGGGCGGGACUCGGAGGCCCAUUAUCCGCUGCCGGGGCCGACGGGAAGCCGGGUGCAGACGCCGCCGCCACCGAAAAUGGAGGACCGGUUCCAAACCAUGACGGAGCAGCUCCUUGACCGCAAGCGCCGGUGUAGCGAAGCAAUCAACCCGAACCGGCGGAAAAGGAGCCGCAAAGUGCUGACUUUAAGCGAGAAGGUCAAAGUCCUCGACUUGAUCAGGAAGGAAAAGAAGUCAUGCGCGGAGGUGGCCAAGAUGUACAGCAAGAACGAGUCCUCUAUCCGUGAAAUCAUGCGGAAGGAGAAGGAGAUCCGGGCGAGCGUGGCCGUCCUGCCUCAGACCGCUAAAGUCACCUCCACGCUGCGCGACAAGUACUUAGUCAAGACGGAGAAGGCACUCAAUUUAUGGAUCGAAGACAUGAACCGGGAAGGGAUUCCCAUCGACGGCAACGUGUUGCGCCAGAAAGCACUUAGCAUCUACAAAGACUUCAGCGGGGACUCCCCCGAAAGGAGCGACAGCAAGCCCUUCACGGCGAGCAAGGGAUGGCUGCACAGAUUCAGGAAUCGGUUUGGGCUGAGAAAUAGCAAAAUUACGGCCGACGCCGCAUCGUUCAACGAAGAAGAAGCCACUGCGUUCCUGGCGGAGUUGAAGAAGCUGAUCCAGGAGAAAGGAUACCACCCGAAGCAAGUCUUCAAUUGCAACGAAACGGGGCUCUUCUGGAAGAAGAUGCCCAACCGAACCUAUAUCCACCAGAGCUUAAAGGAGGCGCUGGGGAACAAGACGUGGAACGACAAACUCACCCUGGUGCUUUGCGGGAACACCGCGGGGCAUAUGAUCAAGCCUGGCGUGGUCUACAGGGUAAAGAACCCCCGCACGCUCAAAAACAAACAUUACCUGCCCGUGUUUUGGCAACACAACAAGAAGGCGUGCAUCACGGACCUCUUGUUCAUCGAGUGGUUCCACCAGUGCUUCAUCCCAGAGGUGAAGAAGUACCUGCAAGAGGAAGGGUUGGACUUCAAAGUCCUGCUCAUUAUAGACAAUUCCCCCGGCCACCCCGAAUCCAUCCGCUUUGAGGACGAAGACGUCAAGGUGGUCUUCCUGCCUCCGAACACGAGCGCCUUGCUUCAGCCCCUGGAGCAGGGCAUCAUUCAGUUCGUCAAGGCCACGUACACCCGCCUGGUGUUCGACUGCAUCCUGUCCGCCAUCGACGCCGACCCAAACGUGGACAUCAUCCAGUGUUGGAGAUCCUUCAGCAUCGACGAUGCCAUCACGUUCAUCAAGGCGGCCAUGGGGGAGCUGAAACCGGAGACCGUCAACGCCUGUUGGAAGAACUUGUGGAGCGGAGUCGUGAACGAUUGCAAAGACUUCCCGGAGAUCGACGGGGACGUCCGGAAAAUCAUCAUCACAGCAAAACAGUUCGAGGGAGAAGGGUUUGCCGGCGGCCUCGAUGAAGGCUCGACAGAACAUGCCGAGUCCCAUCAAGCAGCAUUGAUGGAUGAGAAGUUGAGAGAACUCGGUCAGUCGUUCACGGCGAUGAAGGAGGAAGAGGAGGAAUCCGACGGAGAGUCGCCCAGGUGGACAAUGCAGAGAUUUGCCGAAGUGUUUCAGAUCGCGCAGACGCUGACGGACAAAAUUAUGGAGUACGACCCGUGCCUGGAGCGCAGCACCAAAGUCCUCCGCUUGAUCACGAAAGGGUUGCAGCCUCUGCAGCAUCACUUCGACGAGCUGAAAAGGAAAAGAGAACGGCUUCGUAUUCCAGCGUCCUUCCAAAAGGUUUUGGCCAACGAACCUUCAGCCGUCGAGGAUCCCCAGCCGUUGACAUCAUCUGCGUCGGACAUCCAACCGCUGGCAACACCGUGAGUCGGUGCUCGAGAAUCACAGGAAGGACACGAUCCAGCUUCUGAUGUAUCAUCAGAGGAUCCGUCGUAGCAAAACAUUACGACAUUUUGGCAUGGUCAGAUCGGAUGAAGCUAAUAUUGACCUUUGGGUGACUCAGUGCCCGCGUCGCAUGAAGAACUUUGGGUUUGGUUUCAAGUAUCCACUGAAAUGACUUCGAAAUCAUCCACUGGGGAGGGAGGGCUAUUGUGCCUUAUAUCUAUAAGACAAUCACUGUCUACGGUUUUCCUUCUCCUGUAUGAUAUUUAACUCCUUUGACUGAUGAAGUUGCCAGGAGAGCUUCAAAGCGUGUAUGGUGUGUGUUCUGUUCAUUUCCGGUCGGCCCAAUAAAGCGAUCACUGUCUUGAG